AUUGUGGGAAGGAAGUGAGGACAACUUAACUUUCGCUUCCCUAAAAAAAAAAAGAGUUUUAUUUAUACCUACCCCAUGUUCGUCAGAAAGGGGAAGUGACAGCUGCUUAGGGAAAGCGUCACAGGGACAGGUCCUCUAAGUAUUUUCUGUCUGCCAGGUGGAUCAUUUGCGCCCUGAUCGCUGGGAGCCCCGCGCGACCAACAUGAUGGAGGCAACAGGUGAAGAAGAGCUGGUCAGAGAAGCUGAUCACCUUGCAGCAUGUAAUGGACCCAUAAAUGAACUGUUGAAUGUGGGACAAGAAGGCAACAUACAGGACCAGAUGGAGGAUUUUUUGAGUCCACAGUCAGAGUACAAUGAGGAGGAGGAGGAGAGGAAAUACUACAGGAGGAAGAGGCUGGGGGUCAUCAAGAAUGUCCUUGCUGCCAGUGUUGGAGCCAUGAUUUUGUACAGUGUGUACAUGGGCCUUCUGCAGAUGCAGCUGAUCCUCCAUUACGAUACGACCUACCGUGAGGUCAAGUACAGCAACCUUGGCCUGGAGGACAUUGACCAUAAGAUGUUGAUGGGCAUCAAUGUCACGCCCAUCAUAGGCCUGUUGUACACUCCCAUACUCAUCAGGUUUCUUGGUACUAAGUGGAUGAUGUUUCUGGCAUCAGGAAUCUACGCACUCUUUGUCUCAACCAAUUACUGGGAGCGUUACUACACCUUGGUUCCAUCAGCUGUAGCAAUCGGUGUGGCCAUUGUGCCGUUCUGGGCCUCCUUGGGGAAUUACAUUACAAGAAUGGCCCAGCAGUACUACGAGUAUGUCAACUACAAAGAAGAGCACGUGCAGGAGCAGAAGAAGCUUCCUAAGGGAGCGUGCCACAACUACAUCAUCGUCUUUCAGUCAAUCUUCCACAUCAUCUUCCACCUGAGUUUUGUGUUUGCGGAGUUCCCCAUGAUUCUUGUCCUCAACGGCUACCUGCGUGAAAAGGACCACAUUCUCUGGAAUGUCAAACAUUGCGGUGCAACAGUCAGUGGAAUAAUCCCAGGCAUCAACACCACGGUGCUGACCAACCUGCCUAGCUCCAUGCUGCUCAUCAAGGUGGAAAGUGUCCUCAUGGGUUUUGCCUUCCUCACCAUGAUCAUUUUCCUUGUCCUGUGUGGUGCUGCCUACCGUCCGACAGAAGAGAUUGACCUUCGCAGCAUCGGCUGGGGCACCAUCUUCCAGCUGCCCUUCAAACACCUGAGAGACUACCGCCUGCGACUGCUCUGCCCCUUCUUCAUCUACAGUGGCUUUGAAACACUGUUUGCAGUCACUGGAUUCUCCCUGUCAUAUGGCGUCUGUGUUCUGGGCCUGAAAAAACUGUGGCUCCUUGUAUUUGUCUAUGGCCUCUCCUGCUCCGUCUUUUCCUCCCUCUCCCUCUCUUUACUACGCAUCCCGCGUUGGACGUGUCUGGUGGGAGGUGCUGUUGUGCAUUUUAUAUUGCUGGUGGUUCUCCUGGUGUUGUCUCCAUCUCCAUCCAAUACACUUGAUAAAUCUUCAGUUUACCUGGUCCCUCUGCUGGUGAUCUCAGUACUGUGGGGACUUGGCACUGCCCUGAACAAGACAGGCGUCAGCACUCUGCUUGGUAUGCUGUAUGCUGAGGAAAAAGAACGCCUGGACUUUGUCUUCACCAUCUAUCACUGGUGGCAGGCCAUUGCCAUCUUUGUUGUCUACCUCUGGUCCAGACUGCCUAUGAGGGCCAAACUGUCCAUCCUGUUGGCCACUUUACUGCUGGCCUGCUACUGCUAUUGGGUGAUGGAGCGCCGGCUGGCCAUGGACGUGCGCCCCAGACUGCCUCGCAUCCCUCGGCCACGGCACAAGGUCAAAGGCUAUCGAUACCUGGAAGAGGACAACUCAGAUGAAUCAGACUCUGAGAGAAGUGAGGAUAAUGUCAGAGAUGAUGAGGAGGAGAGGGAGGAGGAUGAAGAGCGUGUGGUGGAGGAGAUGGAAGCAGAGGGCAGGGAGGAAGAGGGCCAAGACACACAGUCCCUUGGAGGUGACUCACCCAAAGCCAGGCAGAGAGGGGCCAGAGGUCACCGUCACAGAUAGGAGGACGCCCAUGUGAAGUGGGGAGAGGGGGGUGAGAGAGGAGAAAAGCAGGCAGAUGGGGGAGAUAGCAGGCAGAUGACCAGGAUACACGAGAGGAAGGGGGUGCGUUUAUGAUUCCAUGCAUAUUGGUACAGAUAUUUAUACUUCGU